AUCUUUUAGUUGUAAAACGUCAUAAGUGGCCACUAAUAAAAAGAUUAAAAAGUUUUUCUGAGUUGCAAAAUUAUGAAGGGUCAGCAUAUAAUCAAAUAACUAAGUCUCAGAAUUCUAAUAGAAUGCUUCUUUUAAAUAUUGAUUCAAAUAAUAGUCAAUCAGCAAAUAACACAAAAGAAA